UCACACCUUUUCUGUCUUAUUGACUUGCGUUUUUGUCAUAAUAGACCAAGUAUCACCAAGUGUAAUGGCUGUUAAGAUUGAAGAACAAUCCUCCAAAAUCGUUAAACCUCUUGUUUCAACUCUUCCGACACUCCGGCACUACAAGCUAGGAUUUAUCGAAGAAGUUGUUGCUUUUGUAAAUGUUGGUGUUGUUCUUUUUUUUACCCCAAGUAGUGAGCACAAUGCGAAGUUUGUUUCUCAGCUAGAGAAAUCACUCAAGAGAACCCUAACUCAAUUCUACCCUCUUGCUGGUAGAUAUGUUCAAGAAAGUCACAUUAUUGAAUGCAAUGACGAAGGCGUUGAGUUUAUAUGUGCCAAAGUUAACACCACCCUUCAAGAUUUUCUUUCUUACAAAGAGAAUGAUAAGAUUAUUGAUGAUUUCAUUCCAUGCAAUGAGUUUUUACUUGCUACUCAAGUUACCAUGUUUGAGUGUGGCGCGGUAGCUAUAGGUGUAAGUGCUACGCACAUGCUCUGUGAUGCCUCAACUCUAUGUACAUUCAUAAAUGAAUGGGGUGUCAUGAACCGCGGAGAAAGUCAGACCGAAUUCACUGGCGCUGGUUUUAGUUCAUCCUCGUUAUACCAAACUCGUGGUUUAUGUCCUAUUCCGAAAAUGAGUAGUGACAUGUUAACCAAGUUUACUAGAAAGAAAGUUUCAAUCAGUGAGAGUGUGAUUUCACAAAUAAAAGCAAAGGGGAAAAAUAGUACACGUAAAUGGUCAAAGGUUCAAUUAGUAGCAGCAAUAUUUUGGAAGGCUUUCAUCGAUAUUGAUAGGAAAAUAUACAACUAUCAAAGAGAGUCUGUACUUAUUCAGUCAAUAAACCUUAGGGGGAAAAUGGCAUCCUUGAUACCGAAAGAUUCUUGUGGAAAUAUUUUCGGAAUGUUUGCCACAGAAGCUGGAGUCGCGGAAACAACAGAAGCACUUACAGAUCUUUUAAGCGAUUCUGUGAGGAAAACCGUAACAAACUACUCAAAGGCGUACCACAACAACGAAGAAGGGGAAACAAUGGUUUUCAAUUCAUUUUCACAACUAUUGAAUAUAAAUCCUGAAUCCACAAAUGCGGUCAUUUUAACUAGUUGGUGUAAGUUUCCUUUUUAUGAAGCCGACUUUGGUUUUGGAAAGCCCAUUUGGGCAGCCCCGGGAACAAUACCUGUAAAAAACUCUGCAUAUUUUAUGGAUUAUGCGGAAGGUAAUGGAGUCGAAUCAUAUGUUUUUUUAGAAACUAAAGAUGUCCCGUUUUUUGAAGAAGCAUUUUAUCGAGUUAUAAACGAUUUUGCUGUCUGAACGUUAUGGAUUUGGGGAAUCGUUAUAUGACUUUCGUUUGAAUAAAUCAACGUGUAAUAAAGAUUGGGAUAUUAUAUAUUGAAUCUUGUAUCAUCAUAUGCGUUUUCUGUCAAAUUUGAUUAAUAUGUAAUAAAGUGUUCUUUUUUUC